UGGAGACCCUGAUAAGUCGUGGAAACACCUUCCCCGCAAACCUCGACUUGCUACCACUCCGUCUCACGUCUCACCAAACAGAUAUCACAAAUUCGACCAUCAUUGGCGCGUGCAUCCGCACAAGCACCCUCUCCAUCUCAAAGUGGCGCCUUAUCUAGCAGUCAUUCGCAACUACAUGAUCAAUGAUUCAAUAACAUUCACUGUAUCCACGCUUUCCGCUAACCAGCAAGCGUUUCCGACUAACACCAAAGUCCAACGUACAAGCUCCCCCUAACAUUAGCUUGUGUCGCGGUGCUUGCUUCUCCGCGACUGAAAGCCGAUUGCUACGACUUUGAAAAUCUUGAUUGCCUUGGCAGGUGGGGUUCAAGAUGCCGACUCUUGCGGUGGACAACUUCAACAUUGUGUGCGCUUGUCUUGGCGGAUUCAUCACCCUCUUUGGCCUUGUCUCGUACCUGCUCAAGGAAAAAUUCUAUCUGUCUGAAGCUCUGAUAUCCCUUAUCGCUGGUGUCAUCUUCUCUCCCAAUGCUGCCAAUCUGUUGAAGCCUGAGCAAUAUGCUCUACACGACGAGGAGGUCUUGAACACGAUUACGCUUUACUUUUCCCGUCUGGUCCUCGGAGUCCAGGUUGUACUCGCAGGAGUGCAAUUACCGAGCAAGUAUUUGAAAACGGAAUGGAAGAGCUUGGCUCUUCUUUUGGGCCCUGGCAUGGCAGUCAUGUGGCUGGUAACAAGCCUUCUGAUCUAUGCACUGGUCCCCCAUAUCCACUUCGUUGAAGCUCUCGCAGUUGGUGCUUGCGUCACUCCUACAGAUCCUGUCCUCUCCAACUCCAUCGUCAAGGGCAAAUUCGCAGACAAAAGCAUUCCUAAGGAGUUGCAGAAGAUCAUUGUAGCCGAAUCGGGCGCCAAUGAUGGCUUGGGCUAUCCCUUCCUGUUCCUUCCGCUCUACAUCAUCCAGCAUACUGGCGUAGGCUCUGAUCACAACAUCGGUAACGCUAUAGGCGCCUGGUUUGGCGAGACAUGGGGCUAUACCAUAUUGCUCAGUAUUGUAUAUGGCGCCGCAGUAGGUUGGAUCGCGAAGGAGCUCCUUCAUUGGGCAGAGGAACGUCACUAUGUGGACAGAGAGAGUUUCCUCGUGUUCGCUAUUACUCUCGCGCUUUUCUUGGUCGGAACAAUGGGUAUGGUAGGAUCUGACGAUAUCCUCGCGUGUUUCAUCGCCGGUAAUACAUUCACCUGGGACGAUUGGUUUCGGCUUGAAACAAUGGACGACAGUUUCCAACCUACUAUUGACAUGUUACUCAACGUGUCAGUCUUUAUCUGGUUCGGCGCUGUGUGUCCGUGGAAGGAAUUCUACACCAACGAUGUCAUUCCCAUCUACCGGCUCGUGCCUCUCGGCAUCCUCGUCUUGCUCCUUCGCCGGCCACCUAUCGUUUUCGCGAUGCAUAAAAGCAUUCACCAGAUUGAAGAGAAGCGCCAGGCCUUGUACGUCGGCUUCUUUGGCCCGAUCGGAGUCAGCGCCAUAUUCUACCUCUACAUCACACUUGACUUUCUGCGCAAGAACGUUACCGUAGAUGGAGAGCCAAGAUCCGAUGCUGUGUACCUAAUGGAGGUGACGAAGAUAGUCGUUUGGUUCCUUGUCAUCUGCAGUGUGAUCAUCCACGGCUUGACGAUCCCCAUGUCCAAAUUUGGACUGUGGCUACCAAGAUCCAUCUCCCGAGCUGUCUCCUCAGCAAGAGCAGAAAGCCCAGAGCCUUUCCACAUCAGCGAAAACCCGGAAGAUGCUGAAGAAAUUAACGAAGGGCUUCGACGCCGUGCGGGGGCGGGUUCCAGUACAGCUGCCAACAUCCUGCCUCGCAGUGUGUAUCGUAUCGGGAGGACUAUCAUUCGCUCCGACAACUCUUCACGGUCGCAUUCGCGCGGAAACUCACAGGCCCCACUCCCGCUGUCUAACGCGCCAACGAUAUCCUCGAACGAUCUCAGCAAUGAAACUUCUAAGCAAGACCCUACCAGCAGCAACACCCACGUCAAUACUUCACAGCCGAUUCAGCUCAACCAGAGGGCUAUUCGGUUCCCAGAUGAAGUCAAUCCGCCACAGGCCGCUUAACUCUUCAGAGGGCGCCUCCUCGAAUUGAGCAUUCGAGGUUGUGGGCUGUCAUCCUGAGAGCAAUGCCACAAGCUCGCAAUUCGGCCCAGCCACCGUUACAAACACAUCUCUGUAGCCUCGCCGCUCAACUCAGCGCACAUUAUACCGAUUCUCAAACGAGAGAGCACUAGCA